AUGGUUGGCUGUCUUAUUGUUGGCGCUAUUCCGACAGCAUUAGCUGGUCUUGUGUACAACUAUCCGGGUCUAAUGGCAAUUCGUUUUUUCGUAGGAAUUCUGGGUGGCACUUUCGUACCUUGUCAAGUUUGGACAACUGUCUUUUACGAUGAUAAUGUUAUCGGCAGAGUUAAUGCAUUUGCUGCCGGAUGGGGAAAUGCCGGAGGUGGCGUUACAUUUUUCGUCAUGCCGGCUGUAGUCGCUGGCCUCAUGCAGACAGGAUAUACAGUGCACACAUCAUGGCGAGUGGCAUUCGCCAUCUGUCCGUUUGUCAUUAUUGUUUUUACAGCGGGUUUGAUACUCGUAUUUGGGCACGAUACACCCAAUGGACCAUGGCGCAAGCAAAAUAACAUGAUUCAAGUGUCAACACAGAAUUCCAUCGCUGUUCAACUGUCUGAAAUUCCACCUAAUGUGGAAAUGGUACUUUCGAAAAACGAUGAUGGAAAGCUUGCCGAAACUAACAUAUCUACGAAUAAUUCAACUGAUUGGAAAACUGCGCUAAAAGUAAUAUUCACUUUUCAGACUGCAUUGGUUGCAUUGCCCUAUUUAUGCUCGUUCGGCAGUGAAUUAGCUGUUGAAGGUAUGAUCUCCAGUUUUUACGUACAACAAGCAAAGAUAAGUGAACAGUUGUGGUCACAGCAAAAGGCAGGUAAUUGGGCGGCAAUGUUUGGUUUGUUAAAUAUUGUUACAAGACCUGCGGGUGGAUACAUUGCUGAUUUGUUAUACCGAAAUGAAAAUGUCCAGUUAAAAAAGUAUUGGAUGUUAUUUACCGGAUUAGUGAUGAGCAUAUUCUUUUUGUGGAUUGGAUUGACACAGCUGCAUAUUGCCGGAUUGGUUGGAGCAAUGGCAGUGUUGGCGGUCUUUAUGGAUGCUGCAAAUGGUGCUGUCUUUGCUGUUGUUCCACACAUUCACGUACAUUACCAGGGCAUUGUGGCAGGUUUAACAGGAGCCUGCGGCAGUCUGGGCGGUAUAUUGUUUAAUUUAGCGUUUCGAUAUAACGGUACUAAUUAUCAUAAAGCCCUCUGGCAGAUUGGAAUAGUAUGCAGCACAAUUAAUAUCCUUCUGGUAUGGAUAAAAAUACCAUCGUCAAAGCACAAGUAA